GGCCCAGAAAGCCGCAUCGGGAUUCAAAUCCCGGGCGUCCUGGGGCCUUUGGGUCUGAGGCCUUGACUUUUGCCCAGCGGAGGAGGGGGGAAGGGCCCCGGGCACUGCCCUCUCGGCCCCGCCCCUUCCAGGCCCCGCCCCGUUCCCAGCCCCGCAGGUGCAGGCUGACGUCAGGGCCCGGCCCCGCCCCGCGGCGCGCCGGCCCUGUCCGGCGCUGGACCGCAGAGGUGGCCGCACCUGGGUGCUUGGAAGAGGACGGGGAUCCCCGCGUCCCCUCCCCGACUCCCGCUCCGGCUGCCGCCCCCAGACCAUGGCAGCAGUGACCCUGUCGGUGCCCGGGCGGAAGGCGCCGCCCAGGCCAGGCCCGGUGCCCGAGGCGGCCCAGCCUUUCCUGUUCGCACCCCGCACUGGGGGCCCCGGGGGCAGCCCGGGCACGGCGGGGGGUGGCCCGCAGGUGGAGUGGACAGCGCGGCGCCUGGUGUGGGUGCCCUCGGAGCUGCACGGGUUCGAGGCAGCGGCACUGCGCGAUGAGGGCGAGGAGGAGGCUGAAGUGGAGCUGGCUGAGAGUGGCCGGCGGCUGCGGCUGCCCCGGGACCAAAUCCAGCGCAUGAAUCCGCCCAAGUUCAGCAAGGCCGAGGACAUGGCGGAGCUGACCUGCCUCAACGAGGCCUCCGUCCUGCACAACCUCCGCGAGCGCUACUACUCCGGCCUGAUCUACACCUACUCCGGCCUGUUCUGUGUGGUCAUCAACCCCUACAAGCAGCUCCCCAUCUACACCGAGGCCAUCGUGGAGAUGUACCGGGGCAAGAAGCGCCACGAGGUCCCGCCCCACGUCUAUGCCGUGACCGAGGGCGCAUACCGGAGUAUGCUGCAAGAUCGUGAGGACCAGUCCAUUCUCUGCACCGGGGAGUCUGGGGCUGGCAAGACAGAGAACACCAAGAAGGUCAUCCAGUACCUGGCCCACGUGGCAUCCUCACCCAAGGGCAGGAAGGAGCCGGGCGUCCCUACCUCCGUCAGCACCAUGUCUUAUGGGGAGCUGGAGCGGCAGCUGCUUCAGGCCAACCCCAUCCUGGAGGCCUUCGGCAAUGCCAAGACGGUGAAGAAUGACAACUCCUCGCGAUUCGGAAAAUUCAUCCGCAUCAACUUCGAUGUUGCUGGAUACAUCGUGGGCGCCAACAUCGAGACCUACCUGCUGGAAAAGUCCAGGGCCAUUCGCCAGGCCAAGGACGAGUGCAGCUUCCACAUCUUCUACCAGCUGCUAGGGGGUGCCAGCGAGCAGCUCAAAGCUGACCUCCUGCUGGAGCCCUGCUCCCAGUACCGCUUCCUCACCAACGGGCCCUCGUCCUCGCCCGGCCAGGAGCGCGAGCUCUUCCAGGAGACCCUGGCAUCGCUGCGGGUGCUGGGCUUCACCCCUGAGGAGAUCACCUCCAUGCUGCGCACGGUGUCGGCCGUCCUCCAGUUCGGGAAUGUGGUUCUGAAGAGAGAGCGGAACACAGACCAGGCCACCAUGCCGGACAACACAGCUGCACAGAAGCUCUGCCGCCUCCUGGGUCUGGGGGUAACCGACUUCUCCCGUGCCCUGCUCACACCCCGCAUCAAAGUCGGCCGGGAUUUCGUGCAGAAGGCUCAGACCAAGGAACAGGCUGACUUCGCCUUGGAGGCUCUGGCCAAAGCCACCUACGAGCGCCUCUUCCGCUGGCUGGUCCUGCGGCUCAACCGUGCUUUGGACCGCAGCCCCCGCCAGGGCGCCUCCUUCCUGGGCAUCCUGGACAUCGCCGGCUUCGAGAUCUUCCAGCUGAACUCCUUCGAGCAGCUGUGUAUCAACUACACGAAUGAGAAGCUGCAGCAGCUGUUCAACCAUACGAUGUUCGUGCUGGAGCAGGAGGAGUACCAGCGCGAAGGCAUCGCCUGGACCUUCCUGGACUUCGGCCUGGACCUGCAGCCCUGCAUCGACCUGAUCGAGCGCCCGGCCAACCCUCCUGGGCUCCUGGCCCUGCUGGAUGAGGAGUGCUGGUUCCCCAAGGCCACGGACAAGUCAUUUGUGGAGAAGGUGGCCCAGGAGCAGGGAGGGCACCCCAAAUUCCAGCGCCCGCGGCAUCUGCGGGACCAGGCUGACUUCAGCGUCCUUCACUAUGCUGGCAAGGUUGACUACAAGGCCAACGAAUGGCUGAUGAAGAACAUGGACCCCCUGAAUGACAGCGUGGCUGCCCUGCUCCACCAGAGCACAGACCGACUCACGGCUGAAAUCUGGAAAGACGAACAUGGGGGCCUCCAGCAGUUUGCUGCCCUGGGCUCCUUCCCGCCUUCGUCCCCAGGAUCUCCAGGGAGAUGCAGUUCUGCCCUCUCUCCACCAGGGGUGGAGGGCAUCGUGGGGCUGGAGCAGGUGAGCAGCCUGGGGGAUGGACCCCCCGGUGGCCGCCCCCGCCGGGGAAUGUUCCGGACGGUGGGGCAGCUCUACAAGGAGUCCCUGAGCCGCCUCAUGGCCACGCUGAGCAACACCAACCCCAGCUUCGUCCGCUGCAUUGUCCCCAAUCAUGAGAAGAGGGCCGGGAAGCUGGAGCCCCGGCUGGUGCUGGACCAGCUGCGGUGUAAUGGCGUGCUGGAGGGUAUCCGCAUCUGCCGCCAGGGUUUCCCCAACCGCAUCCUCUUCCAGGAGUUCCGGCAGCGGUACGAGAUCCUCACACCCAACGCCAUUCCCAAGGGUUUUAUGGAUGGAAAGCAAGCCUGUGAGAAGAUGAUACAGGCCCUGGAACUGGACCCCAACCUCUACCGUGUGGGACAGAGCAAAAUCUUCUUUCGGGCGGGGGUCCUGGCCCAGCUGGAAGAGGAACGUGACCUGAAGGUCACAGACAUCAUCGUGUCGUUCCAGGCAGCUGCCAGAGGCUACCUGGCUCGCAGAGCCUUCCAGAGGCGCCAGCAGCAGCAGAGCGCGCUGCGAGUGAUGCAGCGGAACUGCGCGGCCUACCUCAAGCUCAGGAACUGGCAGUGGUGGCGGCUUUUCAUCAAGGUGAAGCCCCUGCUGCAGGUAACGCGGCAGGACGAGGUGCUGCAGGCGCGCGCCCAGGAGCUGCAGAAAGUGCAGGAGCUGCAACAGCAGAGCGCCCGCGAAGUGGGGGAGCUCCAGGGCCGCGUGACGCAGCUGGAGGAGGAACGUGCCCGCUUGGCAGAGCAACUGCGUGCCGAGGCUGAGCUCUGCGCCGAGGCCGAGGAGACACGGGGCAGGCUGGCAGCUCGGAAGCAGGAGCUGGAGCUGGUGGUGACAGAGCUGGAGGCCCGGGUGGGUGAGGAGGAGGAGUGCAGCCGCCAGCUGCAAGCUGAGAAGAAGAGGCUGCAGCAGCACAUUCAGGAGCUGGAGACCCACCUGGAGGCGGAGGAGGGGGCACGGCAGAAGCUGCAGCUGGAGAAAGUGACUACAGAGGCAAAGAUGAAGAAGUUUGAAGAGGACUUGCUGGCCCUGGAGGACCAAAAUGCCAAGUUGAGCAAGGAGCGGCGUCUGCUGGAGGAGCGCCUGGCUGAGUCCUCAUCCCAGGCCGCCGAGGAGGAGGAGAAGAUCAAGAGUCUCAAUAAGCUGCGGCUCAAGUAUGAGGCCACCAUCGCAGACAUGGAGGACCGGCUGCGCAAGGAGGAGAAGGGGAGGCAGGAGCUGGAGAAGCUGAAGCGGCGGCUGGAUGGGGAGAGCUCGGAGCUGCAGGAGCAGAUGCUGGAGCAGCAGCAGCGGGCUGAGGAGCUGCGCAUGCAGCUGGGCCGCAAGGAGGAGGAGCUGCAGGCAGCCCUGCUCAGGGCAGAGGAGGAGGGUGGGGCCCGGGCCCAACUGCUCAAAUCCCUCCGGGAGGCUCAGGCCGGCCUGGCGGAGGCCCAGGAAGACCUGGAGGCAGAGCGCGUUUCCAGGGCCAAAGCAGAGAAGCAGCGCCGAGACCUGGGUGAGGAGCUGGAGGCAUUGCGGGGCGAGCUGGAGGACACGCUGGACUCCACCAACGCACAGCAGGAGCUGCGCUCCAAGAGAGAGCAGGAGGUGACGGAGCUAAAGAAGGCUCUGGAAGAGGAAGCGCGUGUCCACGAGGUGGCCAUCCAGGAGCUGCGGCAGCGACAUGGCCAGGCGCUGGGAGAGCUGGCAGAGCAGCUGGAGCAAGCCCGGAGGGGCAAAGGUGCUUGGGAGAAAACCCGCCUGACCCUGGAGACAGAGGUGUCCGAGCUGCGGACAGAGCUGAGCAGCCUGCAGGCUGCGCGUCAGGAGAGUGAGCAGAAGAGGCGCCGCCUGGAGUCCCAGUUGCAGGAGGUGCAGGGCCGGGCUGGUGAUGGGGAGCGGGCCCGAGCGGAGGCUGCGGAGAAGCUGCAGCGAGCCCAGGCUGAACUGGAGAAUGUGUCCGGCGCGCUCAGCGAGGCCGACUCCAAGGCCAUCCGCCUGGCCAAGGAGCUGAGCAGCACUGAGGCCCAGCUGCACGAUGCCCAGGAGCUGCUGCAGGAGGAGACCAGGGCGAAGCUGGCCUUGGGGUCCCGUGUUCGAGCCAUGGAGGCGGAGGCGGCCGGGCUGCGGGAGCAGCUGGAAGAAGAGGCGGCCGCUCGGGAGCGGGCAGGUCGGGAGCUGCAGAGUGCGCAGAUCCAGCUCUCAGAGUGGCGGAAACGUCAGGAAGAGGAAGCUGGGGCACUGGAGGCAGGGGAGGAGGCGAGGCGCCGGGCCGCCAGGGAGGCUGAGACCCUGGCUCAACGCCUUGCGGAGAAGACGGAGGCUGUGGAGCGCCUGGAGCGGGGCCGGCGCCGGCUGCAGCAGGAGCUGGACGAUGCCACGAUGGACCUGGAGCAGCAGCGGCAGCUUGUCAGCUCGCUGGAGAAGAAACAGCGCAAGUUUGACCAGCUCCUGGCGGAGGAGAAGGCAGCGGUUCUGCGGGCAGUGGAGGAACGAGAGCGGGUGGAGGCUGAGGGCCGGGAGCGCGAGGCCCGGGCUCUGUCUCUGACUCGGGCCCUGGAGGAGGAGCAGGAGGCACGGGAGGACCUGGAGCGCCAGAAUCGGGCUCUGCGGGCCGAGCUGGAAGCGCUGCUGGGUAGCAAGGAUGACGUGGGCAAGAACGUGCACGAGCUGGAGCGCGCCUGCAGGGUGGCGGAGCAGGCAGCCAGUGACCUGCGAACUCAGGUGACAGAGCUGGAGGACGAGCUGACGGCUGCUGAGGAUGCCAAGCUGCGCCUGGAGGUGACAGUGCAGGCCCUCAGAGCCCAGCACGAACGCGACCUGCAGGGCCGGGACGAGGCCAGCGAGGAGAGGCGGAGGCAUCUGGCCAAGCAGCUACGGGACGCCGAGGUGGAGCGGGACGAGGAGCGGAAGCAGCGGGCCCUGGCUGUGGCUGCGCGGAAGAAGCUGGAAGCCGAGCUGGACGAGCUGAAGGCGCAGACGGCGGCCGCGGGGCAGGGCAAGGAGGAGGCGGUGAAGCAACUGCGGAAGAUGCAGGCCCAGAUGAAGGAGCUUUGGCGGGAGGUGGAGGAGUCCCGCAGCUCCCGGGAGGAGAUCUUUGCCCAGAACCGGGAGAGUGAGAAGCGCCUCAAAGGGCUGGAAGCAGAGGUGUUGCGCCUACAGGAGGAACUGGCAGCCUCAGACCGCGCCCGACGACAGGCCCAGCAGGACCGGGAUGAGAUGGCAGAUGAGGUGGCCAACGGCAACCUCAGCAAGGCAGCCAUUCUGGAGGAGAAGCGGCAGCUCGAGGGGCGCCUGGGGCAGAUGGAGGAGGAGCUGGAGGAGGAGCAGAGCAAUGCUGAGCUACUGGGUGACCGCUACCGCAAGCUGCUCCUGCAGGUGGAGUCCCUCACCACAGAGCUGUCUGCCGAGCGCAGCUUCUCAGCCAAGGCCGAGAGUGGGCGACAGCAGCUGGAGCGACAGAUCCAGGAGCUACGGGGACGCCUAGGUGAGGAAGAUGCCGGGGCCCGGGCCCGCCAGAAGAUGGUGAUUGCGGCCCUUGAGUCCAAGCUCUCCCAGGCAGAAGAGCAGCUGGAACAGGAGAGCAGAGAGCGCAUCCUCUCAGGCAAGCUGGUUCGCCGAGCUGAGAAGCGGCUGAAGGAGGUGGUUCUUCAGGUGGAGGAGGAGAGGAGGACGGCUGACCAGCUCCGGGACCAGCUGGAGAAGGGGAACCUCCGGGUGAAACAGCUGAAGCGGCAGCUGGAGGAGGCGGAGGAGGAGGCUUCCCGGGCGCAGGCCGGCCGCCGGCGGCUCCAGCGGGAGCUGGAGGACGUCACCGAAUCGGCGGAGUCCAUGAACCGCGAGGUGACCACGCUCAGGAACCGGCUCCGUCGGGGCCCCCUCACCUUCACCACGCGCACGGUGCGACAGGUCUUCCGCCUGGAGGAGGGCGUGGCUUCCGACGAGGAGGCAGAGGGGGCGGAGCCCGACAAAGAGGCCCCACCCCAAGCACCGGAUGUCCCGCCCCAAGCCCCGCCCCAGUGACCCUCAAGGCCCCGGCACCCGCCCCUCGCAGACCCUCUGCCCUGCACUUUGGAGAUGGCCUCCGGCACUUCUUGGAAUUGAGGGACCCCGCCACCCCCACCCAGACCCCGGGCCGGGCCGGGCCGAGCCAGGGCUGGCGCUCUUCUGGAGGGAAGCGGUGUGGUUGGCCCAGGCUCAGCCCUCUGACCUUCCUCAACUGCCACGGGCUCCCGAAGCUGCGGACCGUCAAGGGGGCCUUGACCCCUCUGACGCCCUCCCCGCCCUCCUUUCGCGUGGUACUGUGGUUGCAGACUGGAGUGUUCCCCCUCCCAGCCUGGUGGGGGCGCACUAGCCGAAAUAAACUUCACCCUCCAA